ACUGUCUCUCAAGAGUGAGGGUCGCGGAAGAGGUGAGCGAGGAGGCGGCGGGCGGAGCAGUGGGGACAGCAGCCACCAUGUCGGAUACACGGCGACGAGUGAAGGUUUAUACCCUGAACGAAGACCGGCAAUGGGACGACCGAGGCACCGGGCACGUCUCCUCCACUUAUGUGGAGGAACUCAAGGGGAUGUCGCUGCUGGUUCGGGCAGAGUCCGACGGAUCACUACUCUUAGAAUCAAAGAUAAAUCCAAACACUGCAUAUCAGAAACAACAGGAUACGUUAAUUGUUUGGUCAGAAGCUGAGAACUAUGAUCUGGCUCUAAGUUUUCAGGAAAAAGCUGGCUGUGAUGAGAUCUGGGAAAAAAUUUGUCAGGUUCAAGGUAAGGACCCAUCAGUAGAAGUCACACAGGACCUCAUUGAUGAAUCAGAAGAAGAACGAUUUGAAGAAAUGCCUGAAACCAGUCAUCUAAUUGACCUGCCCACGUGUGAACUCAACAAACUUGAAGAGAUUGCUGACUUGGUUACCUCAGUUCUCUCCUCACCUAUCCGUAGGGAAAAGCUGGCUCUGGCCUUGGAAAAUGAAGGCUAUAUUAAAAAACUACUGCAGCUAUUUCAAGCUUGUGAGAACCUAGAAAACACUGAAGGCUUACAUCAUUUGUAUGAAAUUAUUAGAGGAAUCUUAUUCCUAAAUAAGGCAACUCUUUUUGAGGUGAUGUUUUCUGAUGAGUGUAUCAUGGAUGUUGUGGGAUGCCUUGAAUAUGAUCCUGCUUUGGCUCAGCCAAAAAGACAUAGAGAAUUCUUGACCAAAACUGCAAAGUUUAAAGAAGUUAUACCAAUUACAGACUCUGAACUAAGGCAAAAAAUACAUCAGACUUACAGGGUACAGUAUAUUCAGGACAUAAUUUUGCCUACACCAUCGGUUUUUGAAGAGAAUUUUCUUUCUACUCUCACAUCUUUUAUUUUCUUCAACAAAGUUGAGAUAGUCAGCAUGUUGCAGGAAGAUGAGAAGUUUUUGUCUGAAGUUUUUGCACAAUUAACAGAUGAGGCUACAGAUGAUGAUAAAAGGCGUGAAUUGGUUAAUUUUUUCAAGGAAUUUUGUGCAUUUUCUCAAACAUUACAACCUCAAAACAGGGAUGCAUUUUUCAAAACUUUGGCAAAAUUGGGAAUUCUUCCUGCUCUUGAAAUUGUAAUGGGCAUGGAUGAUUUGCAAGUCAGAUCAGCUGCUACAGAUAUAUUUUCUUAUCUAGUAGAGUUUAGUCCUUCUAUGGUUCGAGAAUUUGUAAUGCAAGAAGCCCAGCAGAGUGAUGAUGAUAUUCUUCUUAUUAAUGUAGUAAUUGAACAGAUGAUCUGUGAUACUGAUCCUGAGUUAGGAGGUGCAGUUCAGUUAAUGGGACUUCUUCGUACUCUAAUUGAUCCAGAGAACAUGCUGGCUACAACUAAUAAAACUGAGAAAAGUGAAUUUCUAAACUUCUUCUACAAUCAUUGUAUGCAUGUCCUAACAGCACCACUUUUAACUAAUACUUCAGAAGACAAAUGUGAAAAAGAUAACAUAGUUGGAUCUAACAAAAACAACACAAUUUGCCCUGAUAAUUAUCAAACAGCACAGCUACUUGCCUUAAUUUUAGAGUUACUUACAUUUUGUGUGGAACAUCACACAUAUCAUAUAAAAAACUACAUUAUGAACAAGGACUUGCUAAGAAGAGUUUUGGUCUUGAUGAAUUCGAAGCAUACUUUCCUGGCCUUGUGUGCUCUUCGCUUUAUGAGACGGAUAAUUGGCCUUAAAGAUGAAUUUUACAAUCGUUACAUCACCAAGGGAAAUCUUUUUGAGCCAGUUAUAAAUGCUCUUCUGGAUAAUGGAACUCGGUACAAUCUGUUGAAUUCAGCUGUUAUUGAGUUGUUUGAAUUUAUAAGAGUGGAAGAUAUCAAGUCUCUGACUGCACAUAUAGUUGAAAACUUUUAUAAAGCACUUGAAUCGAUUGAAUAUGUUCAGACAUUCAAAGGAUUGAAGACUAAAUAUGAACAAGAAAAAGACAGACAAAAUCAGAAACUGAACAGUGUACCAUCUAUAUUGCGUAGUAACAGAUUUCGCAGAGAUGCAAAAGCCUUGGAAGAGGAUGAAGAAAUGUGGUUUAAUGAAGAUGAAGAGGACGAAGGAAAAGCAGUUGUGGCACCAGUUGAAAAAUCUAAGCCAGAUGAUGAUUUUCCAGAUAGUUAUGAAAAAUUUAUGGACACUAAAAAAGCAAAAGAAAGUGAAGAUAAGGAAAACCUUCCCAAAAGGACAUCUUCUGGUGGCUUCAAAUUUACUUUCUCCCACUCUUCGAGUGCUGCUAAUGGAACAAACAGUACAAACAGUAAAUCUGUUGUGGCUCAGACACCACCAGCAAGUUCUAAUGGGUCUUCUUCCAAAACUACAAACUUGACUACAUCAGUAACAGCCACCAAGGGAAGUUUGGUUGGCUUAGUGGAUUAUCCAGAUGAUGAAGAGGAAGAUGAAGAAGAAGAAACAUCCCCCAGGAAAAGACCUCGUCUUGGCUCAUAAAAUAUUUACUGGGGGACUCCCAACGUGUGGUCUUCUUACUAAAAUGCUGCAACUGUUCAAUGAGUGGAAAAAUCUGAAUCAGAAAGCUUUCUCACUUGAACUUAUAAAUAUACAAGGAGUAGCAGAAGAUCCUCAGUAUAUCAUCUAGGAGAGUUUAGUUCUGUAAAAAAAAGAAAAAAGAAAAAAAAAAGGAUUCCCAGGAACUUGAUUGCUUGCUAGUAAUUAAGGGGUUUGCCUUUUCAGGCUGUAAAAAAAUGGGGAAAAAAAUUUUUUUUUUUAAUUUAAAAAAAAAAAAAAAGGUGCUUAGUUACCAGAACCUGGGAGAUAGUUUCUCAGCAAGGAAAGUCUCAGGUUUGGGGGAGGGAAAAGGUUGGUAAAAUAAUAUUAAUGCAGGGUUGCUCUGGGGGGUAUCCAGUCUAGAAAAACGUUACAAAACUUCAGUUGCAAACCCAAUAACAUUACUUGUAUAAUGGUGCUGGCCAUGUUAUUGUUUUAAUCAGUUGCCUCUUUUUUUAAAAAAAAAAAAUAUGGAAAACAAAUAGAACUAUCAAAAAAAAAAAAGAAGUAGUCAAGCUUUUGGGACCAUUUCUUU